AUGCGUUUCACGGCUAUUGCAACCGCUGCCAGUGGCGUCGGUGUCGCCCUCUCGAGUUCGAUACUCCUCUCGGGCGGAACCAUCAUCGCAUUUGACGAAGAAGCCCGAGCCCUGGAUGUGAUCCGUGGCGGGUCGCUUCUAGUCACCGACGACCGCAUCGCGGCGCUCUAUGAGACAGGGAAGCCUAAGGACUUGCCUGCAGACACCGAGAUCGUCGACUGCACACACAAGAUCAUCUCGCCGGGCUUUGUCGAUUCCCACCGACAUGGCUGGCAGACGGCAAUGAGGACGAUGGCCUCCAACACCACUCUACCAGACUACCUCAUGCGCUAUGUUGGCCCGGCCGCCGCAGCCAUCUACACAGCUGAAGAUGUGUACAUCGGGCAACUUGUGGGCCUCCUGGAGGCCUUGAACGCCGGUGUCACGACGACGCUUGAUCACGCCCACCAUACCUGGACCAAGGGUCAUUCUCAGGCUGGACUCGAUGCAUCCAUAGACAGCGGUGCUAGAGUAUACUGGAAUCAUAAUUUCGCGGGCAUGGGCGACUAUGGCAUCCCGGAUCAGAUUGCAGACUUCAGAGAAUGGGUGACGACCAGGGCCACCGCCGACAGCCUCACCACCAUCGCUGCCGCCUACGACUCUUGGACCGUUGCGCCGCCAGAGGACACGCGUGCAGUCGUUGACGUGAUCAAGGAAUUGAAGAUACCAGUCUUGACGACACAUUGGAUGGGAGGCGUCUGGGGCCUUGACAACUCGCCAGCCCUGCUGCACUCUUUGGACAUUCUAAACACGAGCACUGCCGUAGUCUUUUCCCAUGCUGUGGCCUUAGACCCAAUCGCAGCAGACUUGCUCACGGCGACUAACCAAUUCAUCUCCAUCACGCCCGAAUCAGAGAUGCACUACGGCCAUUCCCACUUCAACUCACACAUGGUCCAGGACCAAGCGGCGCUCGGUAUCGACACGCACUUCACCUUUUCCACCGACAUGUUGACGCAGGCGCGCAUGUGGCUCCAGCGGGUACGCUCCCGGCUGUUUGACGAGGUUAUCACCAGGUGGAAGGUCCCCUCCAACAACCCCAUGUCGGCGAACCAGGCCUUCCUCAUGGCCACUCGACAGGGCGCGCUCUCUCUGCGACGGCCCGACCUGGGUGUGAUCAAGGUCGGCGCCAAGGCCGACCUGGUCGUCUUCGACGGGCGCACCCCUGGGAUGCUCGGCUGGGCCGAUCCCGUGGCGGCAGUGAUGCUCCACGCCAACGUCGGCGACAUUGUGCACGUCAUCGUGGACGGCCAGUUCAAGAAACGCGGCGGCAAGCUGACGUUUGAGAAGUACGACGACGUGGUCGACCGGUUCCUGGCCAGCGCCGAGAAGCUGCAGCGAUUGGUCGGCGAGAAGCCGGCGCCCGUUCUCGAGGGCAAGUGGUUCGGCAGGGACGCCGAGUAUGGCCAUGCCGAUGAGGUUGAUGUCAUCCGGGGCCCUGGUACGGGCUAUGGGGGGCUCUUCUUGGACACGAGCGAUAAAUCACGCCAUGGUCCCGAAUAUGCUUCGGUCAGAGGUGAUGGAAAGGAUGAACUCUGA